CCCCGACGUGUGCUCUCCUCAAUGGUGGAUGCAGUAUCUGGCGACUAGUAGAGUAGAGGAAGAAUGCGUGGGUGCGAAGAUGCGCUGUCGUUCGCUGUGUCGACGAGCGGGUGAGGCUCCCCCCACAUUAUCCAGCGCAUUGAAGAAGUGGCUGCCGGGAGUCUUGCGGAGGAGGUUUGAGCAGCAUCCUCUCUACACCCUACUAUCCACAACCUCCAGUGUAGCUCUAGCACAUUUCUAUUGAAUUGCUACGGUGCAGCCCACGAUUCUCCACUCUCUCCCAAAUGGAGGCACCUACCCCGGCUAGCGAGGCCGCCGGCGAUGCAGCUCUCCCGGACCUGUCAGUGACGACGAGUCCGACGCGAAAAAAACUGCCCGCGCCCUCUACGCCCACCUCGUCUCUCCGGCGCAAGAUGGCCUCUAAUGCGCCCUCCUCAGCCUCCAAAGAUGCUAUCCCGCCCCGUCGGCCUACAACAACAGGCGGCCUCGCGACGGCGGGCGCUCGCCGCCCAACCGCAACAGCCAGCAGCGCGCGAGCAUCGACUACCGCGUCGAAACCACCGACCACCUCAUCUUCACGGACCAACACCGUCGGGUCCAGCUUGAACAAGCCGCCGACGCGUCCGACACCAAGUACAACCGCGAGGAGGACGGGACUAGCUGGCAAGGCUACCUCGUCAGAUGCAGAGCCCGACCUGUCGUCAGUGACAUCAGGGGACGAGAACAGGAAGCGUACGGUGCGCAGGACGCCCGUAACAUCGAGUGCCCCUACACGGCCAUCACCAGUGAAGACGACGUCAAGAUCUUCAAUUGCCCCUGCUUCUUCAUCUACCACCACAACUGCGAAGCGACCCCUGACGACGCGGCCAGCUGCAGAAGCCUCGACAAGCCGCCCAACUCCCCGUGCAUCACUUGCACCCUCGACGAGGACGACGACUACUACUACCACACGUCCUGCCACGACCACAAGAGCCGCGCCAGGCAGUGCAGCAAAGCCGCCUAUUGGUCACGCGAAGAAGCUGUCGGUGCCUACGGCACCCGCACUACCAGUGGCUAGCGAUGCCGCCCCAGAGGAAUUGGGCAGCCCCAUUGACGCCUCUCCCCGCAGGAAUGGCCCUCUCAAGGAAAAGGCGGUCUCCGAUGCCGAAAUCGAGAUUAGGAAGAAGGCACUCGGCCCCGUUAAAGCUGCCCUGGCCAAGCUCGGCGAGGAAACACAACGACCCGGUACAGCUCCUACCGGUUCUGCAGAGAUUGACGCCGAGACCAAGAGGCGCAGCGUGGAGAUUAUGCAGGACUUCUUCAAGGAGACCAAUAUGCGCGAGAAACUGCAGGAGCAGUGCGAUGACCUCGGUCGCGAAGUCGACAACCUGCAGUCGGAGAAGGUGAAACUGAAGAAGCAGCUGGCAGAUGCGCAGGCGGCCAUUGUGGAGAAGGACAAAGCCAUCGCUGGCGCGUUGCCGUUUACCGAGUCGGACCAGAACGCCCACACUACGCUUGUGGAAGACAUGGAGAAGAAAUUUGCACAGGAGACCAAGCAAUUGGAAGAGCAGAGCCAGCAACUCGAGGUCGAGAAGAAGGAGGCAGAGGACAAAUCUGCGCUAGAAGCCGCACGGGCGGCAGAACUGCAGCAGGUACUGGACGACCUAAACAGCGAGCUUGAAGAGCAAGGUCGCGAGUGGGACGCCGAAAAGAAGAAACUUGUGGAGCAGGCCACCCAGCUUGAACAACUCACCAAAGAAGUCGCGACCCUGAAAGACGAACGGGACUCCCUCGCCAAGGAGUUGGCGAGCGCCAAAGAGACUCUUGAAAACCUUCACACCAAGCUUGCCGAACUCGAGCAAAGCCAAUCAAAUGAUCUUACAUCGCGAGACGAGAAGAUCGACGAGCUUACCAAGACUGUCGACCAUUUACGAGAGGAGUUGGCCACUUCUGAGCAACAGCACGGCGAUGCGUUGCAAGAAGCACAACGAUCCCUAGAAUCACAGUCGUCCGAACUGUCAGCAGUUGUUCAAGAGCUUCAGUCCAAGGUUGAGUCACUAGAACAAGAGCAUUCCGAACAGCUUCGUCUCAAGGAUGAGACUAUUGCAUCUCAUACCAAGACCCAGAAAGAGUUACAGGAGGACUUGAGCAAUCUUCAGCAACGUGCUGACCAAGCCACAACAGACCUGGAGAGCGAGCGCAGCGCGCAUGCGAAGAGUAUUCAAGAGAAGAUUGAUGAGCUGCAAAAGAGCUCAGAGACUGAGUUACGCGUCAAGGAGGAAGAGGUCUCGGGUCAUCUCAAAUCAAUCGACGGCCUGCAAGACCAGAUCAAGGCGCUCCAGCAAGGGUCAACCGACGGCGCCAAGGUAGCCGAAGAGCUGCACAAGCAAAUCGAGGAAUUGAAACAAUCGCAUGAUGCUGCGCUCAAGGUCAAGACAGUCGAGAACGAUGAGCUCCUUCAACAAUUGGAUGCUUUCAAUGACCAGCUCAGUGCCGAUGCGGCUGAGCUUGAUGUACUAAAGGACGAAGCAGAAGGUCUCAGAAGGACCAUCCAUACACUCGAACAGGUUUCGCAGCAGGAAGAAUCGCAAAACGCUGCCAAGAAUGCCAAGGUUCAUGCUGAGCUGAACGAGGCCAAGAAGACAGCGGAAUCGUUCAAGACUGAGCUAGAUGCAAUGCAAGUGAAGCAUCGGAAUGAUUUGCGAGCGCUGGGUGAGGAUCAUGAAGGCAAGAUUGAGUCUCUACGAGCCGAUCUUGAGGGCGAUGCAAAGAACCGCCUGAAUUCACUGCAGACUGAGUUCGAUUCACUCGUGGCCGAGAAGAGUACGACACUGGAGCAGCACGAGAAGGCGCUUCAUGAGCGAGCUCAGGAGAUCGAGCUGUUGAAGAAUGAGCUGUCGACGCUCAAGGAGAGCUCGGCAUCCGCAUCCGAAAGCCUUACUGACGCAAUCGCCAAAUACAAGCAAGCCGAAGAAGAAAAGACUAUUCUAGAGGACGCUCAGACUACCUCGCAGAAGCUGGUGGCGGAUCUCCAGGCUCGCGUCGAUGCUUUGACGAAGGAAGUCGCCGAUGUUGGGGACCUACAGGCUCAACUUGACAUAUUGACAGAAGAAAAGGGCGCCGCAGAGGACACCCAUGCAAAAUCACAGAAGAUUGUCACCGACCUCCAGGCCCGCCAUGAUUCUCUAUUGGAAGAGAAGACCGCUGCAGAGGAUGCGCAUAGCCGGGCACUUGAGGCCUUGAAACAGGACUCGGAAAGUACAUUGAAGCAACUUCUCGGCGACCUUGAAACGAAGCAUGACACCUUGCUGGGAGAGAAACAUGAACUCGAGAAAACCCACAAGAUCGAGAUUGAUAACUUGCAGACUCAGCGAGAUGCCUUCUCCAAGCAGCUCUCAGACCUUGAGGGAGCACACAGUGAUGUCUUGGUUCAGCAAUCGACUACCCAGGAAUCACAUGCCAAGGCGCUUGAGGCUCAACAAGCGGAAAUCGAGCAGAAGUACGCCAACUUGCUGGAAGCCCUUCAGGCCGAUACCACCAGGCUUGAGCAGGAGAAGUCAGCAGCACUCUCAGAUAAGCAAUCUGCUCUCAACGAACUGGGUGCUCUCAAGAAAGAGUUGAACUCGGAAAUUGAGGAGCUUAAAGCUCAACUGGGUUCGAAAGAGGACUCUGGCUCAGCUGGCCUUGCGGAAGCUACCAGGAAAUAUGAAGCACUUCUCGUCGAGAAAGACGAAGCUGACAAGAACCACGAAGCCACCGUCGCUCUACUCCGCGAUUCACUAAAGGAGGAUCAUCAGAAAGUCCUGGCUGAGUUGCAGUCCGAAUACGACACGCUACAGCAAAGGCUCGCGAAGACAGAUCAAGAGCAUGGAGAUGCUAUCGAGCUACUAAAGGAAGAGUUCAAGGCGGGCCACUCAAAUGAUGUCCAAGCCCUACAGCAACAACUAGAGGCUCUUCAGAAGCAGCACAAUGACCUCGCCGAGCAGAAGGCUUUCAUGGAUAAGGCUCACGAGGAGGCCAUCUCUGAGCUGAUGGUGGGCAUGGAGGCUAGUACAUCGGACGCGGUUCAGCAACUGCAGAAGAAAUACGACGCACUUGCCGCCCAGCUGGAAGAAGCAGAAUCGAGGCAUGCCACUGAGCUGGAACAAGCGACAAAGAAUCACGGCGCCAAACUUGAAGCUACCAAACAGGAUGUUACCGAGCAACAAACCCUGUACAGGGAUCUUCUUCAACGGCACGAUAAAGCCACCGCUGAUGCUAACGCCACAGCUGAAGACGUAAAACAUCUCAUGAAGAAGAUCAACGAAGUCGAGACUGAGCGCGACCAAGCCCUCACGGCCUCCGAAGAAGCUGAAGACCGCAUUGAAACGAUGAAGGGUGAAGUCGUACGAAAGCAUCUUGCCCGCGUCGAACCACUCGAGAAGGAAAACGCCUUCCUAUCUGACAAAGUCGAGCGCCUCGAAGCCAUCAUCGCAGCAGGCGACCGAGUCGCCCGUGCGGCAGCCACAAUGGGUGAAAAACGCAGCAUGAACACCUUAGCCGAGGAAGACGAAGAAACGGACGAAGAUGCCCUGCCUGGCGCCCAACCGCCCACGCUGAAUGGGGCAUCGAAGGAUGUAGUCGGUACUCAGUUGGCCGCCAUGCAGGAGACGUUGAAUCAACUCAGUGAGUUGAAUAACGAUGCCAUUGCCGAAAGCUCGAGGACGGCGCAAAGGCUCACCGGGGAGCAGGACUAGUUUUCUCUGCUUCAGUGAGUUGUAUAGAAAUAAGUGGUGUUGAUAUGUUACGGUAGCCUUUCUAGCCUUUCGAGACGGUGAUGUCGUUUUGCUGUAUUCCAUUCUUUUUUCUUACCACCACAUAUUGUUGUUGUUGUAAUUAGUAUCGCCUCAUGUCUGUAGGUGAGUUUGCCGCUUUGUGUUACGGCACUAUACCCACUCACUGUUAUUCGCUGGAAGUUGUCAAAGAAUAUAUACUGUUCGUUGUUCUCCG